AUGGAGUCCCUUGAACGCCGCGCCAGUCUGCCCACGGAGCUGAUGCUGCACAUUGUCGACAGCGUGCUGCCGGCGAAUCCGCAUGCCCUGCUUCCCCCGUCGCACACAGCGACCAAGACGCUGCUCACCUUCACGCGGGUGUCGCGCGCGACGUAUGGACAUGCGUCCAAGCUCCUGCGCCAGCGCUGCCUCUAUCUCGACUCGAGCCGCCGCCUGGCGGACCUGUUGGCGUGCAUGCCGAGGCUCGUGCCGACCCUGCCGCCGAUAGUGUCGCUCCGACACGUUACGUCGCUCUACCUUGCGCCAUUUGGGCGCUCGCUCGACGACCUGCCGACGGCAAUAUGGACCCGCCAGCUCUUGUGCGAGGUCUGCGAGACGCUGCGCAGGCUGGUGGUGCAGAUUCCGUUUGGCAGCCUGGAUCCGCUCGACGAUCACCUCAACGUCCGGCAAACGCUGCGCCACGGUUUUGAGCAGCUCACGCGUCUCGAGGAGUUUACUUGCCUCGGAGAAUACCCGGCGCUGAGCGUCCCGGACGCGCACACGGAUGUGUGGCGGUUGUGGCCCAACCUCAAGCGGUUGGCGCUGUUUGGCGUGCCUCUCAACAGCCACUGGCUCUGGUGGGACAUUGCGACGCUGCCCGAGCUGCACCACGUCGUUCUGGCGCGGCCGCAGCACGUCGAUUCGACCAACAUCAAAGACGAGUACUUUCACAAACUCCCGCGCCAGGACCGGCGCCUCGGCAGAAAGAUCAAAGUGAUGCUGCUGGACGCGGCGUACGAGAUCGCCGACCUGGACACGACGCGGUGGGGAGAGAUUGACCCAUCUGGAAACAUGACGGUCGAGGUGUAUCAGGUCCCGAUUCCCUUUUACGGCGACGAGACGCCGCAUGAGCUGGUGACUGCCUGGGCGAAGCGAGGCGCGUUGGACGGGUCGCUGUGGACGUGGUCAGGCAGCAAGGCAGGCUCCUGA